AUGGAUGAGAACCUGACAUACCUACUGGCUGGAGAAAACUUGGAGAACUUGGAGGUGAAUAACCUGCAACCAACAUUUAAUUCCUCUGCAUCCUAUGAUGGCAGUUUCCUCUACCCUGACAUAGACAUCAACUGUGGUCUUGAAAAUAUUUCUUCAUUUGCAUCUACAUUUUUUCCAGUGCUGCACAGCAUAUUGUUUGUGACAGGUCUCAUGGGAAAUGCUUUGGUUGUUUGGGUCCUAAUAGUCUUCAGAAAAAUCAGUGCCAUGACCGAUGUGUAUCUGCUGAACCUUGCCAUCUCGGACCUCCUCUUUGUCUUCUCCCUCCCCUUCUUGGCUCAGUACUCCGUCAAGGGCCAGUGGACCUUCGGAAAUGCAAUGUGUAAAAUAAUCGGCUCCGCUUACUUCAUUGGUUUCUACAGCAGUGCAUUCUUCAUAACCAUCAUGAGCAUCGACAGGUACUUGGCUAUUGUCCGAUCUGUGUACGCUCUGCAGGUUCGCACGACUGCGCACGGGAUAGUUGCAAGCCUGGUCCUUUGGGCGGUAGCCAUUUUAGCAUCAGCACCAGCCUUCCUGUUUUUCCAGGAAGCGGAUGAUAACAACAGGACGAUGUGCAUCCCGCAUUAUCCCGACAGUAACAAUGGCUGGAAGAUUUUCUCUAACUUUGAAGUCAAUACCUUGGGCUGGCUGAUCCCCCUUGGCAUCCUCAUUUUCUGUUACUACAACAUCUUGAAAAACCUGCAGAAAUGCCACACUCACAACAAGUACAAAGCCAUGAAGCUCGUGUUUAUUGUUGUCACUGUGUUCUUCCUUUUCUGGACCCCCAUCAACAUUGUGCUUUUCCUGGACUCUCUGCAGAAUAUGCAUAUCAUAGACGACUGUCGCACAAGCCAGCGGCUAGCUCUGGCCAUAGAGCUGGCUGAGGCUUUCUCCUUUGUCCACUGCUGCCUCAACCCAGUCAUCUAUGCUUUUGUAGGUGAGAAGUUCAAGAAGUAUCUCUGUGAGGCUCUCAGAAAACAUGCACGAUUCCUAUUGAUCUGCAAAGACUACAGGACUUUCAAUGAGCACAGCUUUGACAAGCGUUCCUCUCUGCAUCCAGCAUCCUCACAGUCUUCCUUCAUUGAUACUGUUUUAUAGAGCGAGGAGUUAAAAACUUUCAUCUUGAAUGGGUGACCUGAAGGGGAGAUUUUCUGCUAGCUAUUUAGU